UUAUAACUUUUAAAUUAAAUAUAUGGCACACACUACUGAUCAUAUUUAUCAUGCAAACUUUUAUAUAAUUUUCAUAAUAAUAAGCAGCAGUUUGGUUAUUGAAAUACCUGCAGUGUCAUCAAUUAGACCAUUAUUGGCAAACAGUUCUUAUGAAGAGUAUAAUAAUAAUACUCUAUGUACAAAUGCGGGUUGCAUCGCCACGGCGUCUUCUGAUUAUGGUAAAAUGGUUCAAGAACUCCCUUUCGGGGUUCUCCAGCCUUCAUCUGUUUCCGAGAUUGCCCACCUUGUAAAAUACUCGUACAACUCAUCUUCGCCUUUCACUAUUGGCACUCGUGGAAAUGGGCAUUCGAUCAGGGGACAGGCUAUGGCCAAAGAUGGAGUGGUGGUCGAUAUGGCAGCUUUGAGACGUGCCAAUAAUGGGAUUAAGGUUUUGGGGAAUUCUUCUUCGGGAUUGUUUUAUACAGAUGUUGGAGGGGAGCAGCUGUGGAUCGAUGUGCUGCGAGCCACGCUUGAGCAUGGACUUGCACCGGUAUCGUGGACGGAUUACUUGUACCUAACAGUUGGGGGGACACUCUCUAAUGCAGGAAUCAGUGGACAAUCAGCUUUCCAUGGUCCUCAAAUCAGCAAUGUUCUUGAAAUGGAUGUCAUUACUGGAAAAGGGGAGUUGAUGACUUGCUCCAAGAGCAUGAACCCGGAUCUCUUUUAUGGUGUGCUUGGAGGUCUUGGCCAGUUUGGGAUCAUAACCAGGGCAAGAAUUGUUUUGAACAAGGCGCCUACUCGAGUGAAAUGGUAUCAAAUAAUUUACGACGAUUUUUCCAAAUUCACAAAGGAUCAAGAACGUUUGAUCUCAACCCAAGGGAUUGAUUACGUGGAAGGCUUUUUGAUCACGGCGAGUACUCCUGCAAGCAGCUUUUUCUCACCGUCUGUGAAUUCCUUGAUAACUUCUUUAGCAUCCAAAAAUGGGGUGUUAUACAGCUUAGAAGUAGUCAAAUAUAUAUAUGAUGAUCAAAUCAUAAACACCGUUGAGGAGGUACUUCAAGUGAUAUUAAAGGGAUUGAGCUUUAGUUCUGGAUUGAUAUUCAAUAAAGACGCACCCAUUAUCGAUUUUCUGGAUCGUGUCAGAGGCGAAGAACUACUCCUUACAUCAUUAGGGUUGUGGGAUGUCCCUCACCCAUGGCUAAGUCUCUUCGUGCCAAGAUCUCGGAUUGUGGAUUUUAAUAAAGGUGUCCUUGUCGAUAUUAUUCAGAAACAAAGCUUGAGUACAGGACCAUUUAUCGUCUAUCCAUUCAAUCGAAACAAGUGGGAUGAUGAGAUGUCAGUAGUGAUACCGGAAGAUGAAGAUGACAUGUUUUACGUGGUAGACUUGUUAAACGCGGCGGGUGGCACCAUUGCUCCGGCAACGAUUGACAAGCAAAAUGCGGAGAUAUUAGAGUAUUGUUCAAAGAACGGGAUCAAGAUCAAACAAUACUUACCACAUUAUACCAAGAAAGAAGAAUGGAUGAAACAUUUUGGCAAGAAAUGGAGUCUCUUUAAGCAGCGGAAAAAUCAGUUCGAUCCAAAGAUGAUAUUGUCUCCUGGACAAAGAAUUUUCACUAAUUCCGACUAAAGUACUUAAAUUUUUUUUUUUUUUAAAUACAUAUACCUAGCUAGAUAUAUGUUAUCUCAUGUAAAAUAGUAAUAAAUCGCCUAAGUUGGAUAUAUGUACAGUAUAUAUACAAAAGCAUGUUACUUUUGAUAUAUUACCUAGCUAGCUUGUUGUUCAUCACCGUCACACCACCAGAUUGCGCGAGCACAUGUCUAGUUCAUUUUUAUAUCUUUACUCCUAUAUUACUUAUAUAAGCAUUUGUUCCUUUUGGGUGCUCAGACCUCAUCAAGGUUACAAUGGGCUUGUAUUCAUUUUACUUGGGCUUGGCAGCCGGGCUAACUUUAUAAAUAAGUUUAAGUUGA